AUGGUAACUCUCUCCAUUCGACACAAAGCGCUUUGCGUUUCCAGAAGAGCGGACAGAGAACGUGGUUUGUCGCACGCGAGACCAACCGGAGAGAAGGAAGAUCAGGAGGUCCUUACACACUUGCCUCUGACCAUGUGGGGGAAUCUCGUUGAGGACGCCAUGACAGCCUUGGAGAAACUGUUGGCUGUCGAUCACAUCUUAUUCCUCAUAAAAAUGAGUGUCUAG